AUGCCGAUGACGCCCCCCACGGCGGGCGACCGCAGCACGCUCGCGCCGCUCCCCGAAUACCACCGCCGGGGCCUUACCGUGCUGACUGUGUUUUCCGUGCUGUCAUUUGUCACGACGACGUUCCUAUGGCUGUUCAUCACGUUCAAACUGCUGUCGUUCCGGCUGCACAGGUUCCGAUGGAGGAGGUGCCAGAAGAGGCCGGCCCAGCGGCAGGAGCAAGUCGAGAUAAGAGACCCUGACUUCUCGCUCGGGCUGGACCAGCGCCAUGCGCACCCCGGCGGGGGCCGCACCAUCCUCGAGCAGCUGCAGGAGAUGGACCGGCUGCGGUUCGAGCAGGACCAGCGGGACCAGGCGCAGCAGCAGGACGGGCACCAAGACCAGCUGCAGGGCACAGCGGCAGCCGACGAGGAGAGGGCCCCGGAUGCAUGCGGCCAGAACUCGGGCGACGAGGAGGAAGAAUACAACCCCUUCCCCAUCCUGGUGUACCACCUCCUCCUCGCCGACAUGCAGGAGGCCAUGGCCUACGGGCUGAGCAUCCACUGGCUGUCCGAGGACGGCAUCUUUGCCCCCUCGGCCGUCUGCUGGGCCCAGGGCUGGUUCGGCUCCGUCAGCAACCUCGGCGCCAGCCUCUUCCUCUCCGCCAUCUCGGUGACGACGUUCAGCACCAUCGUGCUGGGGCACAAGCCCGGCAGGAGGAUGCUGUACGCGAUGAUCAGCUGCAUAUGGCUCUUCACCUACGGCAUCAACGCCGCCGGCGUGCUCUGCUCCCUGCGCAGCGGGCCCGUCGUCGACAUGGGGGAGUCGUAUUUCAUGAGGGCUAACGUUUGGUGCUGGAUCAGCUCCGAGUACAACCCCUGGCGCCUGUGGUCGCACUACUUCUGGAUCAUCGUCUCCGUCUCGCUGACCUUCGGCCUCUACUCCAUCGUCUUCGUCACCCUGUGGCGGCAGAAGCGCAGCUGCCGCCACAUGCCGAUGCGCCGGCUGCACACGCCCGAGUCGGCGCGCCUCGAGGGCGAGGCGCCCCGCCAGUCGGGCUACCACCCGGCCUUCCUCGUGUACCCGUUCAUCUACCUGGUGUGCAUCGCGCCGCUCGUCAUCGGCCGCAUCUGCAUCAUCAUGGGCUACGACCUGGGCAUCUCGUACUUUGCCUUUGCGGGGUCGCUCCUCGCCGCCAACGGGCUGUUCAACUCGGCGCUGUGGACGACGACCAUCCUGUUCAGCGCGCCGGGGGACAUGGCCGCCACGGGCUUGGACCGGUUCAGCUUUAUGAGGACGCCGGCGAGGGAUUAUGGGCAUACGGUUGUCAUCAGCGGGCCGGUCAGUCAGGGGUAUUCUGGGAUGUACCGCGGGCGCGGGCAGGGGCAGGGGCAGGGGCAAGGACACGAGGCGAAGAAGGAUCGGAGGGAGUGGUGGUGGUGGCGGUCUGGGGGCCAGAGGGGCUGGGGUCGGUCGUAUGUUAGCGCGCAUGAGGCUGUCAAUCCUGAUCUGAUACGGGUUUAUUCUACGCCCGAGCCGGCGGUGGUGGAGGGGCCUUUUAUUCAUAUGAAUGUUGUCACGCGGGUUGUGGUUGAGGAUGCGAAUAGGGAGAAGGCUCCGGGGGGAGUUGAUUAG